AUGCUCGGGAAGCUCUUCAACCUCGGCGCUGGCUCCGGGUCUGGGGCGCCGCCCUCUCCCCAGCCCUCGUCCCACCGGCCCUUUCCGCUAGAGUCGGUCCAAGAAGACAUCCACACGCGGCAUUUGCUCUUUCCGGACCCUCAGGACUUGUACGAGCACCGCGUCAACCAGUUGUACCCCUUGUCCAGCGGUGCCACCGCCCCCACCGGUUCCGCGACGAACGCCUACGAUUACAAUGCCGAUACCGAGCUCGACGUGCGCGAUGUCCGCAUCAUCAUCAUGCAGGACGCCUUGAGCUCCGUCGCAGCCUCCCUCCUGUACGAUAGCCAGCCCGCCCCACCCGUCCCGGCCGCUUCCAUGGACCGCCCCUCCGCGACCGCCGGCUCGUAUUCUGUCCAAGAAGCGCGCCGGAACCCAGCCUCCCCCCGAAAGCCCAGCCUCAGCCACUCGCAGCGCCCCAUCGUCAUCCAGCCAGGGAGCCCAAAGGUUCGGCAGGGCGCCUUCGACAGGAGGCCCUCGGUCCACAGUCGCAGCCAGGCCCACGUCGAGAGCGAUGCCCAGCGCGCCUGGCGCGAGUACCGCGAGGAGCUGGCCACCUUCUCGAGCUGCAUCUUCGGGAACUCGGAGCUCAUGGCUCACAAGGGGACCUCAACCAAGGUCCACGUCGUGCCUUCAGACGUCCGCUCGGGCGACUCUGGCUCCGCCCUUGGAGACGGCCGCGGCUCGUUGGGCAGGUCUACCGUGAGGGCCAGCCGUCUCUCACACUCCUUCUCGUCCGAGAACCCCUCGGCUUUCCCCGCCCCUCCCACGCCAGGCGGCCCCGGCCGGAGCCAAGAUCGGAAGAAGGUGCUGAUCACUAGGUUGUUUCCCGUCAACCUCCCGCUGGACGACGAUUUGCCUCCCCACCACGGCGGAUCCUCCGACGAAGCGACGGGCUACCCGUUUCCGCAGAGCGCCGAGGACGCAAAAGCCAAGAAGAAACGGUUGCAGCCGAGGCAGAAGAGGACGCCCAUGUAUGCCGUGGCCCUCAUCAUCACCCUGCCCCCCUCGCCCCAUUCCGUGCCAGCCACGCUACGUUCCGGAUUCAAAGGGCCCGGUUCCUAUGCCGAGCAGGACGCGUUCUCGUCCUCCUUCGGUUCUGCCAGACGCUCCGGCUGGACGCUGGUCGGCCACGGCGGCGGGUUCGGCGGACCCGAGUCUCUCGACUCGAGUUACGGAAACGACAUGGAGGACCAAAUCGACGCCAUCACGCAGCACUGGGACAUCAUCAUGCGGACCCUGAGCCACCUGCAGACCGUGGUCGCCGGGACCCUGUUCACGAUGCUCAGGCAGAUCGACCUGGCGUCUCCGGACCCGCUCCAGGCCUUGUCCCUCCAACUGGCUAGGACAUCAUCGGCACCUGGCCGGCGCAGCGAGGACGGGCACCCCCUCGAGAAGCCCAAGACGAACGCGAAGCACAUCACCCUGCUGCCCAACUGCCUCCUCGAAAAUCGCAAGAUCGGCGCCGAGAUCGAUGCGGCAAAGACGCGGAUUGUCGCCGGCAUCCGAGCCUCUCGCGUGACCACGGGCCAGAACCGGUGGCCGAUCUGGCGGGAAGAGGCCCGCUGGGUGGCCAAGUGGGCCAGCGGCAGGGAGCAGGGCGUCUUCUUCUUCUUCAACCUGCUCACGGGCUUCCUCGCAACACAUACCGAUUGGCUCCAGGCGCUGAGCCCGCCCGCGUAUCGCCGCCGGUACCUCCUCCUCCAGCAGCAGAAGGGGCGCUCCGAGGAGGACACGCUUGUGCCAUCUCGGACCGUCAUCCUGAGCGACGAUAAGAUCGCGGCGCGGCGGCUGGUCUUCCUCUUGUCUGCUUUCCUGCCGGCCUCCCAACAGCUCCCCGGCAUCAAGCCCCACCGGCCCAGCACUCCGGCCUCUUUCGGCACCCUCUCGCAGUCCCCCCCGUCGUUCGUUAUUCCCAUCCUCAAAGAGGAGUCGCUGCGCAGGAAGAUCAACCGCCGCACGGGCUCGCGAAUGCCGUCGCACUCCCGCAACCUGAGUCUGCAGACGCAAAACACGCGCCCGGGGACCGUUCCCCCUCCCCUGGCGCACCUCAGCAUGGAAGGUAGGCACGAGAGGCGCGCCUCGGAUGCCGCAUCGAUCCGCACCACCCACCUGCCCAUCCGCGGGAGCGAUCUACACACGCGCAAGAGCAGCGCUGCCACCACCGCGACCGUCACACCCGAGACCAGUAUUCCGCACUUCUCCACCGUCCACCGGACCGAAAUCUUCGCCCAGGGCCGCCCCGGGAGCAGCAACAGCGUAGCUGCGGACGACCUGAAGCGGCUCGCCCGGGACGACAGCCCCGCCUCCCAGGGCUCCCCCGCCGGCGAGCGCAGGCAAGGCUCCAGGUGGAGCGUCAUCAGCGGCCUGUGGAAUGCUCGCAGAAGGGAGUCGACGAGCAGCUCCCACGUGCCCCUCGACGGCGGUCACAACGGGGGCCCCGCGCCGCCGGCAAAGGCGCGACAGUCCUCCGUCACAUCAUUGGGCAAGACGGCUCCGCCGGGAGCGGAGGGCGCGGCAAGGACUGGAGCCGCCGGUCCGGCGAGCGAGACGCGCGACGAUGGGGCCAUCGGUCCCGGGGACACCACGCCACCACCACCCCGGGCGUCUACUUUGGCGCUCUCUGAGCAACCGGGUGCCGUGAACAAGGCGCUGCCGAGGGCGCCGGACCCGACCGGCGCCUUCGAAUCUCCCGUCAAGACUUCAAUUAAUGCAGACGACGGCGUCAUCGACGUGGACGUGCCGUUGCCAGACUUCAUCACGUCGUUCGAAAGUGCCGUAAGCUCGCCUUCGAGCAGCGGCUACCUCUCCGCCUCGGGAUUCGGCACCGGACUCGACGCAUUUGAGCAAUGUUUCCGCUUCGCCGCCGACGGAGACGUGCCGCUCAACGUCGCCGGCUGGCUGCAGCACUACCACCCGGACUUUGUGCUCCAGGCCCUCCCAACCCAGCAUGGCAUCCUCGAGCAAAUCAAGGAGUCAAUGCGUGCCGAGCCCAUGCCGUCACUCUUCCCAUAUUCGUCAAGCGAAUCCUCGACGUCAACCUCAUCCGCAGCGGACCUCCCCUCGGAGAGAUGGGUCGAGGUCACCUCGGCCAUCGUCGCCGACACCACUACGUUCACCGUUACGCGCCUACGCUACCGUCGCCUGAUCAGGCUGAAGCAGCAGUACGGGCAGCAGCCCAGCAGCCCCGCACCAGCACCGACCACAACCUCGUCAACGACACCCACCACAACAGCAGCAGCAACAGCAGCAGCAACAGCAACAUCGAACCCGCCGACAUCGUCCUUCAACGAGGUGCUCCUCAAAGACGAGUUCAUCGAGGAACCCGUCGUAACCUUCGACGACGUCUUGGCCGAGGCAGUAGAACGCGUCAUCGCGACCGUCGGCACGGGAAACAGUACCAGCAUCGCCGAAACGGCCGCCGCCAGCAAGGUCAACUACUCGACGAGCUCGUCGCGGUCGACCAGCAAGCGCCGGGAGAAGGAGAGGGAAAGGAGGAAGGAGAGGGAGAAGGAGGGAGAGAGGAACAGGGAGAGGCGAGACGGCGUGCCAGCGGUGCCUGCGCCCGGUGGUGCCGACCCUGCGACGCCGACCGGAGGGACUCCAACCGGGUCGCGGACGGCGGGGUCACAAGCGGGCCCCGCACCACCACCACCACCACCACCACCACCUCCUCCUCCUCCUCCUCCUCCCCCCGGGGCGAGCUCGAAUACUCAGGCGGGACCUGUGUCGGCUAUCUCUUCGCUGGGUGUCGUGGCGGGGGGUUCAUCAUCAUCAGCAGCAGCAGCAGCAGCGGCAGCAACAGCGGGAGACGAAGUAGGAGGAGGACUGCAGGAGGUGCCGCGGUCGCAGUGCAAGACGGUCUUGCUGGGCGCGUUGGAGGAUAUCAUUCAGGACGUUAUCGCGGAGAGGGAGCAGGGGCAGGAACAAGAGCGGGAGCGGGAGGGGGAGAAGGAAGAAGAGGGACGGAAACGGGAACAGGAGCAGCACCGGGGAGGAGACGGUAGUCACUCCCACCGCCAGAGGGGGGAGGCUGUCGGUGCUGGGUUAGCGGGCGCGAGGGAGAGGGAAAGCCCGCUGCGGGAGGCGGUCAGGAGCUGGAUAGAGAGUCUGGAUUUCGUGGUUGGCGGCGGGGCCGGCGAUUAA